UCACUGGUUAUGGCUUCCUCUCUGACGCCUUUUUGACAAGCCGCAUUUCGCGUCUGGCUCGUCUGCACGGAAGAAGUCCAUCAGCAAAGGAGCAAAUUGAAAGAGGCCCUCUCCACCUCGCAACUGCCACUCUAUUACUUACUACAUCGUGUUAGUAGAACCACUACCACUACAACAUCAACAAACAGAUAGAUCAUCAUGAUGAUGAAUGACAAACUCCGUCGAGCCAUCAAGAGAGACCCGUUUGUCCUGGACAAGUAUCGCCACUAUCAAGAUGACGAGACGUUCAUUUUGGCCGCCAUUCCGUAUCCGGGUUGUUACGGUCCCGUACUGCGAUGGGCCACGCCUCGCUUUCGAUCCGAUUUGAAACUAGUCACUCGCAUGGCCAAACUCAAUUGGAGAAUUUUGGAGUAUGUAUCUACAGAGCUUCAAGACAAUCGAGAUUUCAUUGUGGAAAUCAUGUCGUUUACCAACAACACGUUGGUGCUACAAUUUGCGUCUCCCACACUCCGGGAUGAUUCCACAUUAUUACUCGAAGGUCUCCAAAUGGCAUCCAAGGCACUCCGGUAUGCAUCCAAUCAGCUCAAAAAUGACAAAACAUUCUUUUUAAAAGCGGUCCAACAAUGUGGCAGUGCCCUCGAGUACGCAUCUCUGCAAUUACAAGACAAUCGCGACAUUGUCUUGGCGGCGGUCCGACAAGAUCCCAGUAGUCUCCUGUAUGCAUCGGAACGACUGCGCGGAGACCGGGAAAUUGUCUUGGUGGGUGUCCAGUACGGAUGGUUUGAAAUGCUGCAAUAUGCGGCUCGCGAAUUACGAGCGGAUCGACAGGUCGUACUGGAGGCGGUGGCAUCGCAUGCCAGCAAUUUGAAAUUUGCAUCGGAGGAACUGCGAGGCGACAAGGAAAUUGCCCUGUGGGCCGUCAGUAAGGGAAGUUAUUUCGAGUAUUUAUCCAAAGAUAUACAGAACGAUCUGGAUGUGGUCUAUGCCGCACUCUGUAAUGGAAGUGGAUACUUUAUUGAUGUCGUGUGGAACAAGGUGUGGUACUGUCAAGACCUCAAGGCUCGUUUGGGAGACUUGGCCAAGGCAGUAUUUGCAACCAAUCAGGUCUACAACAACAAUAAUAAUCACGAUUGUGAUUGUUCUUGUUUGCUGUUGCCCAUGGAACAAGAAGCACCGGAGGAUUAUCUGCAGGCUUGGUUUGACAUUAUCUAUGAGAAGCGCUGGUUGCUCCGACAAAUGGGGAAUGGAAUGCCACGGGAAGUACAGAAUCAAAUAUGUGCCUUUGCCGAUGAUGAAUCGUGUUGGGCCAAUGAGCUGUUGGCUUGUGAACCUUUUAUUUCCAGAUUUGUGCUGGAGGCAAACAAGGGGGGUGACUAUGAUUGGGUGGAGUUUCUGAGGGGAUGCCUGGAAUGGGCCAGAAAUGAUAGUCCAUAAAUAGUUCAGCGUUCCUAUUCUAGCUACAUGUACUAUGGUAUCGCAGGCAUGGUU